AUGACCCUUGCAAAUUUUCUUGACAUUAGGCACAAACCAACAAUAUCUAAAUCGGCAGAGUCACAACUUUUUCAUGGCUUCCAACUUUUCUCCGAGAACGGCUGCGGUGCUGCUGCCGAGGGAUCUGAAUGCUGCAUUGUUGAUUUCACAGAAGAGGAAGUAGAAGCUUUGUUGGAUGAGAGGAUGAAAAAGGGCAUUCCCUGUGACACUAAGAAAAAAACGGAGCAAAUGGUGGAUCUUAUCAAGAGACUUAAACAAUGUGUAAGGUGGUUUAAGGGAAAGAAAGAAAAGCUUCAGACGGAUCUUGAAUCGGCUGAGAAGAAAUGCGUUGAUACCGAGAAUAAGAUGAAAACUAAGAUAGAUGAGUUGAAUGAGGCUAUAUCAAAUUUUAGGAUGACGAUUACCUCUUUAGAAGAGAAGAUUGCAAAGGAAGAAUCAGAUAAACUGGAAGCGAUUGAAUAUUGUAGAAAAGAAAAAGAAGCCAGAAUUGCAGCCGAGCAGAAGGCCAUUGCAACUGAGGACUUGUACAAGCGAUCGCAAGAGUAUAAUAUCAGUUUGCAGCAGUACAAUAGUCAGCUUCAGUCAAAUCUGAAAACAGUUAAUGAGGCAAAUAAACGAAUGGAAACUGAAAAAUCAAGUAUUGUUGAGAACCUUAGCAAAAUAAGAGGCCACAAUAUGGCAUUGCAAGAGCAGCUGGCAUCUCUAAGAGAGGUAUGUAGUUCACAAAGGCAACAAAUUGAAAUGUUGCAGCAGCUGAAAAAGAGAAUUUGAAGGGUGGAGUUUGAUCUGCAUCAGUAGCUAAGUUGCAGACCAUAACACAAUGACUGUGUAAAUAGGCCACACGAGUUCCACUACACAACUAAAUCUGGAGGUACACACACUGUUUGGAGUCUCUCAAGCAUCAAAGAAGAAUAAUCUUUGUUGUUGGUGAUUUCAAUAUUGCACCGUAUGCAAAUUGAUCGGAGUGAUACAGAACCAGAUUUUGACAAUAACGAGCUUAGAAGUUGAUUCAAAUCAAUGUUAAUUGGAAAUGGAGACAACUUUUCCAAUGUGUUUCGAGCAAAACAUUCAGAUGAUAUAAUAUUCUGUCGUUGGGGUUCUGCUCCUUUCAAACUAAGUCGACCCUUCAAAUUUAGUAAAAGAAUGGAUCACUUGAAAACAAUGAACAGUGUUUUUGCUUGUAUUGUUGAAGCAUUCAUGCUGAUAUAUGUCAGAUUAACUCAUCAAGAA